AUGAAAGAAGCAGCAGAUAAAAUGAGUACGGUUGACCAGGAACAUCCAGAAGUUCUUAAUUCUUAUCCGCAAGAAGGAACUUCUGUAAUCACAAGUCGCUUUACUAGCAUUGCGCGGCGAGAGUAUAUUUUCUACCGGCCGCACGUCCACAUAUGCGAAUUAUAUCUUUUGUUGAGGUGUGUGUGGUUGAUACGAAAUAAAGUUUUCAUCUGAACUUCGAUGGGCGACUUUUAAUCAUUGGAGACCCAAGCUAUGCUAUCCCUUCCUCGGAAGUCACAAAAUAUGAAGUUACGUCGGUAGUGUUUUCUUGAAACUCAAGUAAAUUUCUGUAUCACUCACACAAAUACGUUGCCGAAUUUGUAAGCGUAAUUUGAAAGGCAUGUAGCAGUACAUAAUAACGAGGGUUAGUGGCGCAUGUGAGUGUUCCAAGGAAAAAAAUGAAAACAAUUUUCAGUAGUAGAAUACAGUGGAAUACUGCGUAUGGUGAGGCUCAGCACAAUGCGGGAAGAAUUUCUAGUUAGUUUUUCAACAAGAAAACAAACCCACUUCGAAGGGAUCCUUUGAAGAUUUUUAAAUGUAGAUUGCUCUGGAUUGAAGAAGAAGCUAGUUUGAAAAAAGAACCAAUAACAACAACUGCAGAAAUGAAAACGACGGUAGAAAGAGGCAGCUAUGGUUGAAAUAUUUGUGAUUUUAAAGAAAACAAUACAACUGAUACAAUAAGAAAAUAGUCGAAUUUAAACUUAUUGCUCAAAGAGUUAAUAGGGUUAUUCAUUGUCAUUUGAGCUUUUGUCCUCGUUUCAUUGUAACAUAAUGCCUAGCUUUUCAGUCUUUUUUGGGAUGUUCGUUUUCUCUUAAAGGAAGGCGAUUUGGCGUUGUUAAAGCGGACAGUGUUGGGAGCACCUUAUCUCCUCCCUUCUCUUCGCGUUUGGGCCACACCCUAAUCAAUCUUUUUCUAAAUCGAAAAAGGACAUCACAUUUUCAAAGAAAUAUUGAUAUCUGGACUACAUGUGCAACCUAAAGUGCAAACUCAUUUACAUUCACGGUUAAUUUGGAAUAAUUAUAGUCGUUAGACGAUCGUGCCCUUUGGUACCCUUUUUCGUAGAGAGGAAAUCAGGGUAAAUUAUUAUUUUUGUUUUGUCACUGGCUAACCUUGGUCCACGUGACCAGGGUUAGGGACAAAGGCUCCAGAAUCAUUACAGUGCAUUUUAACUUUAUUCCAUGCAGUUUUUACUCUAAAACGAUGUGCACCAAACAUAUAUUUAGGGCAAACGGUGUCGUCAGUGUUAUCUUGGUAUGGCUUCCUCUCUCCUACGCCUGUGAUCUAAGAAGACGUUUCCUGUAGUCUCAAAUGAUUUUUUACCAGAAAUAAUAAGAUGAUCCUUAUUUGGGAAAAUACUGCUUAUAAUGAGUGUUUCGUGGUCAAUUAAAAUAUUUCAAUUUCAGUUAACCAGAGAAGCCUCUAUUUUAAAACAAAACUUAAUGCUCAGCCUUUGGUACCAAAAGACAAUUUUUCAUCUUCAUACAUACACCAGAAAGGUUCUGUAUGUGGCCCCAUGUCGGAUGUGGGUGGGUUUGAAGUGAACUUAGAUCAUUAAACACUUAAAGAAUAUAUGAAUGGCGAUGAUUCCCAAUUCAAUAUAAUUUGAAUAUGAAAGAAGAUCAGCUGGCUUAUGUAAGCCUUUCUCGCGAUGCUUUGAGUGUCAUUUAUAAGCUUACGAUCGCUUUUAGGAGAUAAACCAUAACGUUACCAACGCCAUGAAUCGCAGCUCAAACGCGACAAACAACACAUUUUCGAAUGACCUCAGCGAUAUUUUUCUCUAUGACUACUGUCCUCUACUUUCACCGGAGGGACUACUCAUGAGAGCAGCAAAAAUAACAGGAUUCGCCGUUAUAAUAGCAACAUCUUUGUUUGGAAAUCUGUUAGUAAUAAUCGUCACUCGCAGAGAUCAAAGGCUGAAGAAGGUGGCCUUCACUUUUGUCGUAAACAUGGCCAUUGCAGAUCUUCUCACCACAGUCAUCAACAUGCCAGAAUCUCUUUAUGAGCAGAUAAAAGAUACAGAUGAAUGGAUUGCAGGUCACAUCGGGGUAGUGUUGUGUAAACUUUUACCCUUCUGUCAACAAGUUUGCUCGUUCUGCUCUGCUCUCAGUUUAUUAGCCAUAGCAUCCGACAGAUUUUUUGCUAUUUGCUUUCCACUGAGGAAAUUACUGACUCGAAAACUGUCUACAAUUAUAAUUGUGAGUACGUGGUUGAUACCUAGUUUUUUUAGUGCACCAAUGUUUCUGGUAAACAAUGUGGUAAAGGAAAAAGGAAUUUUUUUUUGCGUUGAAGAAUGGUCAGCCCCGUUUGAUUCCUUGGAGUCUCCAAAAUAUUAUACCGUAAUUCUAUUUGUGCUCUUCUACAUUCUACCGCUGGCCAUUGCAUCUGUGUUGUAUGGUUGCGUCAUUCACAAAAUUUGGAAGAGAAAAAUUGUUGGAAAUCACUCAUCCAAGACAAAACGGCUGCUUUCUAGAAGCAGACGUAAAUCAUUGAAAAUUUUUAUCACCAUUUUGGUUUGCUUCGCAUUUUGUUGGCUCCCAGAUCACGUAGCCUACUUCCUUAUUGAUGAUAACGAGGAAUUUCGUGAUUGCGGCUUGCCAAGAGACAUUUAUUAUGUUUCAUUAUUCUUUCCCCAUGCAAUAAGCGCGUUAAAUCCUUGCAUCUAUAUCAUAUUUAACCAAGACUUUCGGUCUGGCACGAAAGAUUUGCUAAUCAUGUCUCGUCGGGUACUAUUUCGAUGGAACGAACUCGUGGACUCGAGGAAUAGGUCGUCAUGCAACGACAAAAUGAGUUGGGAUCAAGAAAAACACUUAGAGGUUUACCCACUUUAUUCGUUGAAGACAAGAAGACCACCAAAGAUGAGCACUGAAUACUGCAAAUCAUACGUUUAA